CUGCCAUGAGUCUUUGGUAGAAUUAGCACCAUCUAGUGAGGAGGUGCCAACGAUGCAAUGUGUGAGUGUAGUUAAGCCAGUUUCCGCAGGGGUGGGAAUUCAGGGCUGAAUACUGGCGGCAUUGGACCCACAACCCCACUACAUGGUCGAGUCAUGUCUGCUGAGCCAACACUCAAUGUCUGGAACCUCUGUCUGGUGUACUAACCACUGGUGUACACUGAUUUAUACAUACAUAUGUAAUAUGCGCAGUAAUGCCAUUUUGUUCUUGGACAUCAUCACCUAAACACUAGCAGCUGCCAAUUUCCCUCCCUCCAGAUAUCAGGUCAGAGGUCAACGCAAUGUUUCCUUUGCAUCGGACCUACCAGGAGUGUGCCCCUGACGUUCAAACAGCCUACAUUGGAGCCAGCCUCACCCUAGACUGCCUGGCCCCUGACGGUUACCCUCCAGUUGACAUCCAUUGGUUCCUAUUCCAAACAGAGCUCACCUCUGCCACCUCUGAGGUUGAGAUAACCGAAGGAGGGAGGCGUCUUAUCAGGGAGCCUCUGAGCACGCUCAAUUCGGCGGGGCUCUACAGGUGCGAGGCCAGUAAUGGAGCAGGGAUUCGGCGUUCAGAGGAUCUAGUCAUCACAGUUACUGGUGAGUCUGGAGAGAUGGUGAGAGGGGAGAGAAGGUACAGACUGAGGAGACAGUGGGGAAUCUAUUUAGAGCCGGCUAUGCAAAGAAGCCAUAUCCAUGGGGUGUGUGUGUGUGUGUGUGUAUAGGAGAGGGUGGGGGUAGUUUACUAGAGGAGAUCAAAGACCAGGCUUUGGACAGACACACUCUAUAAUGGUGCACAUUUCACAAGAUCUCUUUGAUGUCCGGUAUGUGUGUAUGUAUAUAUAUUACUGCCUGUGGUAUAUACUGGGACUCAGGAAUGGAAAAUGGUGCCGCAUGUCUCAAUAUUCACCAAGAACCACACAAACUCUCUUCUUCCUCUUCCCCCUCCUCCUUUCUAGAGUACGGGUCGGAGACCCCAGAGAUAUCAAUAUUGGAUUCAGAGACAGCACUGGUGGUGGGGUUGGGGCAGCGUGCUGACCUCAUGUGCCGGAUCUUCCCUCCCGUGGAUGUAAACGACGUUGUAUGGCAGCUUGACACUAAUGUCAUUAGCAGUUCCGACGGUCGAAGAAGAACUGUCCAGCGAAGUCACCCGGAGCUGACGUGUAUCGCCACCCUCCACGUGGACAACACCACUGCACAGGACGAGGGGACCUAUGAAUGUCAUGCAGAGGGCUCCACUGGUGACCAACAUGCCCAGAGACUCUUGCUUCUUGCUGUGUUGGAGGGGCCCCUAGUGAUUGAGGCCACACCCACAAAACUCCUGGCAGCUGGGCGGAGCCUGACACUCACCUGCCGACUCAGUGAUGCUGCAGACCCGACCAACAACAAUGUCUCCCCGGACGUCUUCCAAUACCGGUGGACCCACAAUGGGUCAUCUGGGAGUGUGGGGGAAGAGAGGGAGCUGGUCAUCUCACCAGUGGGUGUGAGUGACUCGGGGACCUACCUGUGCUCUGUCAACAGUUCUUCUGUUCCUACCGCCAUUUCUGCCUCCGUCGACGUGACUGUGGAAGUACCUCCGAGAGUGACCAUCUCUCUGCUGGGCUCCGACUCUGUGUUUGACAGAGUCGACGGGACCACAAUAUUUGUUCAACUCGGGGCUCGAGUCACUUUCCAGUGUAAGAUCACCUCCACAAGACCCACCAACUUCACCUGGUUCAGGAAGGUGGAUGGUGUUGAUGAGGUGUUCUCCACAUCUUCGUCCGUCUCCCUCUCCUCCACCCUCACCCUCUCACACCUCACUCCCUCACUACUCACCUCCUACAGCUGCCACGCCUCCAACCUCGUCCAUGACAACGUCGUUAGCGAGGAGCGCACCCUCAGGGAGACGGAGGUGCCGUAUGUCAGGGGCGCAGCCGCCGGGAUUAAAGGGGUGGACUUUCGCAACGGGACUACCCUAGAGCUGGUGUGCGAGGCUCGAGGAGAGUCAGUGGAAAGAUUAGUGUGGCGAAGGGGUGACGAGCAACUGACCAAUCAGACGACAGCUGCAGGGUCGUCUUUGACGAUCACAACCAACGGCAACAAUUCAACGUUGAUGAUCGUUGGAGUCACUACGAAGGAGACUGGACUGAUUGAGUGUGCUCUAACUGGAACGGAGUCGAAACUGGUCUACAAUGUCACCAUCACAGUACAGGCCCAGAUUGAGUACACCUCUAGACCCUUAGUUACCGUGGCGAUCGGUGACGAGGUUCGAUUUGACUGUAUUGCGUCCGGUAUUCCUCCGCCCACCAUCAAAUGGCUGUUUGACACGCAGCCAGUGGAGGAGGUUGAGGACCUGGAGGACCUGGGUAACGGGUCUCUGAGGAUCUCCUCCGUCACCAGGGACCACCAGGGGUCCUACCACUGUUUCCUGGCCCUGGAGAACGGGCAGCUGUCCCAGGAGUUCACUCUGACUGUGGAGGACGGGGCUGAGGAGGACAACCUCCUCUGUGGAGGAGAGUUCACACGAGGGGACUGUGUCACUCUGCUCUCCGGAGGCUCCGUGGCGGUCUUCCUCCUCCUCCUCACCCUCCUCGUCCUCCUCUUCUGUUUCUACAUCCUCUGUAGACGCUGGGCACGGGGGGCCUACGAAUACCCUCGAGAGUUGGAAAUGAAGAGAGCUUUUUCAAGUAGAGCCUCCAGUCACAAGGAUGGCGGGGCGGCCCCUGUGUUUGACGAUGUUAACGGCUUCGCAGAGCCCCAGGGAUUCAGGAACGGGCUCUACCCAGUUCACCCUCCGCUGGCUACUUUUGACAGGGCGGCUGCAGUGUCUGAGCUCCAGCGAUCGGUGACCCCCCCGGCCCCCUCCCCCGUUCUCCAGACCCCCGGGACCGGGGGGACCGACAGCAUGUUUAGCAGCGACGACCAGAGCUCGCUCACUGCCACUCUGCCCAACUACCCUCGCGCCAAACUCACAUUGGGAGCAGAUCUAGGUGAGGGAGAGUUCGGGCCCGUGGUUCUGGGGGUGGCCAGAAACAUCGUCUCUCACGAGGAAACAACUCAGGUGGUGGUGAAGGUGUUGGUACGGAGUGGGGACGGAGAGGACCAGUUCCAGCCCGACCUGGCACUUGUGGACUUUGCCAACCAAAUGAGGAUUGACUACGAACACAUCGCCUGCAUCCUUGGCCUGUGUACCGACACUGAGCCCUAUUACGUCAUAUACGAAUACCUGGACCAGGGUGAUCUGAAGAAGUACCUGCUGGCGAACCGCCCGGUGGCGGGCAGACCGACUCCUCUCUCUCCCACCACACUGUCUCGACUGGUGCUCCAGGUAGCAGACGGAAUGGCGUUCCUCUUCUCACAGAGGAUCAUCCACGGAGACCUGGCCACUCGCAACUGCCUCGUAUCUUCCGACAACCACGUCAAGAUCGCAGACCUCGGCAUAGGUCACGACCUCUACCAAACUGAUUACUAUGACAACGGGUCGCAGCUCCUCCCCAUUCGCUGGAUGCCGCCCGAGCUCCUGGUUGCCACAGACGACGGGCCCGCCUUCUCGCUCCACAGCGACAUCUGGAGUUUCGGGGUC